AUGGCAUCACAGCUCACUUCCGGAAGUGUGUGCCGUGACGACGUCAAACAACUCGUCGAGAACCUAAACAUCUUCACGCUCGACACGCACAGCUUUGUUGAGUCCUCUGGGUCCUUGAAACCACUUGAUCUCCCUCUCGUGGAUUCGCCAACAGCUGGAUUUCUGAAGUGCUUCGUCGACAUCAUCACUGACGUCUCUGCUUUCCCCAAGACUGAAAUCAAGCAAGCUCUCGUCAGUAAGAAGAUCCAUGAACUUCCUGCUCCUUACGGCCUCACCCAGAAGAUUGACACUCCCACGAAGAUAGACAUCGCAGUCAUCAACCAGAAUAACGGGACUUUCUGCGUUGUUAAGAUCGUGAACUUGUCGGAGAAAACGAAGGUGAGCCGGGUCCAAAACUUAUGCUACGGCAAGUGUCAAGCAGUGGAUUGGGUAGGGGACAUCAAAGCCGUCAAGAAGAUUCGUGAGGAAGGGAAACCUGAAGCAGACCGAACCCCCGAAGAAUGGGAUUACGGUUUUGACUUCAUCCAGGACCAUGGCCCCCGUGAGAACAUCAAGAAUAGGCAACUUCGUUGGAUCACCAAGGAAAUUGCUCGAAAGGACUCCCCCAUCUGCAAGUGGCCGCCGGUGUUGGUGGAAAAAUCUCUCCGCAACUUGGCUCAGGAUGGCGUCCUCUCGCAGGUCCAUGAGGUGUGGCCCCUCACACUAUAUGACCUGGACAUCCGCAUUCUUCGUGCUUUGGAACCGCUCAUCCCGACGUUGGUGGAAAAGGCCGAUGGAUUCCAUGGCCUUCCUGGCGCGUGUAAAACUCCCGUGGCGAGGACACUCGCCAUGGCCAUCUCCCGUUACUGGAUCCACAAGGCCAGAAAGGACGGAGAGAUCCGACCGUCGUUUCGGCAAGCUUGCGACUUCGAUUUUUUUCGCGGACAAGCAGGCUCCCUUAUGCGUCCGGACAUCUUUGACGAUGGCACCCUUUCGGACCAACCAUUUCGCAAGGUGAAAGCCUUUACGUACGUUAGCAAUAUUGAGUCAAUGCCCAAAGAAAGGUGGGGUGCUGCUAAAUGGGCCAAGGGCCAACCCCGCAUCUACUGCGUCAAUGAAUUCGAAGAGAACACGGAGCCUAAAUUCGAUCAGUCCCUCCUCCAGCAGGCCGAAGGCAUUUCCACAUAUGUCUCCCACGACGACUUCCUCAAGAUGCUGGAACCCUCAUGGUAUCCCAAGGAGAACAGCAAUGCAAACGUCAUGGCCGUUCUCAAGCGGACUCACAACUUCUUGAACACUGCCACAUCUCUUUAUGUGCGCCCGGCGGGUGAGAAGCCAUGCCCAGUUCUUCGUCAUCCACUAGGCGACAAGACAGACUACCUGCAUCGAGACUCCCGCAGCGUGUGCGACUUCCAUCGCAAGGGUGGCACAGAUCUUCCAGAUGACUUCGAGACGAAGCUUCAGUGGGAGUCGAACUGGUUUUCAAAGGCCAUGAGCGAAGACACU